AUGCGCCUUCUACACGCCCUCUUUGCUUUCUUAAGCCUUGAGAAAAACUCUUCUUCGAAGCAUAUAUGGCCAGCUGUUGAAGCCAAGAAAACCCUUCGAGCUGCUAUUGGACUUGUCAAUGAAGAACUUCCUGAUGAUGAUGAUGCCUCAGAGAUAUUUUCCAUUGAAAGAGAUUUUGUGUGUGUUAGGAAUUUUCUCUAUGAGAUUAUGGAAGAGAUGCGAACAUGA